CUCACGAAGUGAACACAAUCCCAUAUUUCAGCUUUUGAGGGAAAAUAAUGACUAAUGACAAAUUUUCAUUGUUACGUCUUGUCGUUUACUGGAGCUCGAGUCGACAUGCUUCUCCCGAUGGCGUGUUUACAUUGUAGUACCGUAUUUUAGGGAACGCCAAAAAACAACAUUAUGCUACGUACUUCUGCAUCCGGAUUUUAUGUGGAACACCAAAAAGCGUACUGAACAGUUCGUAUAAUAAUCCCCUAUUGCAUUUUGCUGACAAGAUAACAACACUUGGAGGCGAUUUGAUAUAACCGAUCACGUGUCAACUGAGCUCGUUUAUAAUAACUUCAGACUCGCAGAGUCAUUUCUCUUAGAGCUACACAAUUUGUUGGACAGUUUGAACUGCUUCUCAAAGAUAUCCAAUCGCCAAGGCUGAAUACAUACCACAAGAACUAAAAAAAAUCUUAAAUCAAGAUGAACGACGAUGACAUGAGUUUAUCCUGGUCCUCUUUCUCUUACUAUAAUGAAACAAAUCAGGAUACGUUUUACCUGAUGAAUACUGUUCUAUUUUAUUUGAAUACUAUUGUUUGCUGCCUGGGCAUCGUCUUCAAUUUGAUAUUGACUAUUAUUUGCCUGAAACUCUGCGCUUAUGGAUCUGGUCGAAGUGUAUUUUGUGGGAGGGCGUACUUCUUUGUUAUGUGGCUCUGUAUGUGUAAUUUUCUUUUUCUGAUGUAUCGUAGUAUAUUCCGUAUACUAUUCAACAAGACGAAUGAUCAGAUCGAUACAAAUAUGGAAUGCAAAUUGUACAAUGCUUUUGAAGUGAUUGCACAAGGCUUUGCUAUCUAUACCUUAGUAGCGUUGAGUCUUGAUCGAUACGGGGUAGUUCUGAACCCAACUCUUGGUAUCACGCUUGUCACUCGCUACCGCUAUUUGAUUCUGUUAUUUAUUUUUUUGAUUUCGAUUGGAUCAAGUGUGCCGAUACUUAUUUAUGGAAAAAUAACCAGCUUUCACAAAUGCGAAUAUAUCAUGCGAUUCACUCAACACGCUCUGGUGUAUGAAACAACGCGUGCGAUUGUUAUGUACGUACUCCCAUUGGUACUGAUAUCCAUAUUCUACGUUAAAAUGGCGAUGAUUUUGUAUGGCAGUCGUCACAGUGAAGCGUCACAGAACUCGACAAACUAUCAACAACGAACAAAACAGCGAAAUCGCCUGGCCCUUUCUGUGCUACUGAUUACAAUCAUAUUUGGCGUAUGCCACUUCUCUAUCAAUCUCGGAAUGUGUUUACAAGAACGUUACACAUAUAUUAGACUUGGACAACUUCUUACUGACAUCGGGCGACCGUUGGUGUAUAUCAAUGCUUGCACACAUCCCAUUGUUGUGUUUAUUAUCAAUCGAGCCGUUAGGAAUGAACUUAGGCCGCUUGUCAGAGUGUUUAGCAGACUGCCAGAUCGUCGAAGCACGCGCCAAACUAUCAACAUUGAGUUAUCGAGUGGUAGAGAGAGACAUACAUCAACAUAUACACUGAUAUCGAAACAUGACACAAACAACGCAUACAACCAACAAAAGACAUGACGGGCACAAGUGAAAUGUAGUAGUAAUGUAAUGUAAUGUAAUUACUAUCUGUAAAGAAAGAGGAAAAUCAAAAACAGAAGCCACAGCUUGCCAUCAUAAACAACUUAAAUAGACCUAUUAUUCAUUGCGCUCUAAAUAUUACAAGAAGGUCUGGCCUAUCACUUCAUGCUUAUUAUUUUAAUUCACAUAGAAGGCUUAAAACAGCGAGAAAU